ACGAGGAAUUCGUACAUAUUCCAAGAGUUUGGUCAACCGUCAUCGGAGAAUUCGUCUAAAGAUUUGAAUCAAGGAGACACUGCGCAUUAUUUAAACGGAAUUCCAUUUAAACUGUGCAAACAGUUGGAAUAUAAUAUGAACAAUGAUUCGGAGAUAGAUAAGCUUAGAAUUAGUGAGAUUUUAUCCUUCAUAGAGAAAAUAGAGGGAAAAAGUUACGAUUAUAGCUUUUCCUUAGAAAAAGAUAUCGUGGCAGAAAUGAACAGUAAGACCGACGACUGACAUAAUUUCGUCAUAUCCAAAUAUAUACUAUCGAGAAUAUAUACUAACACAAAACUUUCGAUACGUUGGCUGACAGUUGGAAACACUCGUUCUUUAGUGUUAGCGUUUAACAAAAUUGCGGUCGUCACGGAUAAUCAUCUUUACUUAACGACUGUGCUAGGAUAUUUGACAAAUAAUUGCAUGCACGCUCAGCGAUGUACGAGCACAAAUUUAUUUAUUAAAGAACGCGUGACUUUAUGCGUUUACGAUGUAACAUAACACUUGUCGAUAGGUUUAAGUAUAUUUUAUGUUAUAUAUCACGACCUUGUCUAUAUCUGUAAC